AUGACACGGGUUGCCAUUGAACAUCCCACAGCAGCUCGGGUAACAACGGAGCCUCCGGACGACGACAUCGGUGAUGAGGCGGCCGAAACAUUUGAAGACGAGUUUGAGGAUGACGAAGACGAUGGGGAGGAGGAGGAAGACCCAGAGGAAAUAGCACGGAGGCUGAAGGAACAGUUGUGGGCAGAUAUCAGCAAAGCGCAGGCCGCGCAAGCGAGCGAAAGACUACGGAAUGCACAGACUACCUCCCAUGGUGCCGAAACCACUCAAUACGGCCUAGGAUGUGCAACUCCCAUGAGCCGGAAGCUUCCCCCAAAGGUGUCAGCGGCUCUCGAGACCAUGAAAACCAUCUUGGCACUAACGGAAAAGGAUCCUGAAGCACGGUCCACGCUUUCAUCGACCCUCAUUCCUGGGUUAAAUGGUAACGUGCUCGAUAUCCUCAGCCGCGCGGUCGACUCCAGUGCCAUCUCCAGAGAUCAUGCAAAAAUCCUUAGUCCUAGGCUUGUUUCUCUUGCUCGCUCCGAUACUCUGUUUGCUAUCAUGCGAAAUUCGAGCGCUCCUGCGGUUCAACUUGACAAAGGAAAGCGUCGACGCGAAGAUGACGAAGAGAAACUGCUGGAUGAAUCUCGCAUAUUCAAGCGACAGCAUAUCGGUCACUACGAUAUCGAGCAGCAAGUAGUUGAAGCCGUUCGGACGGUUUCGAAUGCUUUUAAUGUACACCAUCAUACUGGCGGCGGUCCGCUAGAUCCGUCUAUCGUAUCGUCUAUGCAGCUGCAACUGCACCAGAUCUUCUUGUUUGCCGUAACGUUGUCCGCCCGCGGUGGUCAGGAGAUGCACACCCUUCAGGAAAUUGGUGGAUUGAUCCAAGUCAUAGGGGUGCUCAGCGGCAUCCAAAUUGCGCCGACGGCCGAUAUCGGCACCGCUGUAUAUCCCUGUCUCGUACCCCGCUGUCGGAAGACAUUCUCUCGACUUUUCAGUCUGCGCGCCCACCAACGAAUACACGCUGCACAUCGGCCGUUUCGUUGUACCAUAUGUCCUGCAUCAUUUGCUCGCAACCAUGAUCUCAAACGUCACACAAAGUUGCAUGAAAAGAGGGCUUGGCAAUGCGCGGGUUGCGACAAGUUGUUUUCCAGACGUGACGCAAUUAAACGACAUAAAAACAGUAGCGCAGCGCGCGGUGGGAAGGGCGGGAUUUGUGUGGAUGCUGCCGUACGGGAAGUAGAGCUUGACAGGAAUGGUGAUGAGGAGCAUGUUCGGGAGGGCAGGCGAACGAAGAUGUGGAACGAUCUUGUGACCAACAGUGCCGUGGCUGCAGGAUACGUUAGUCACGGAGAACAAAGUAAUUUGGAGGAAGGAGAACUGCACAAUAAUGUUAUCCGGCGUAUGCAGGCAGCGGUACUCGGUCUCCACUCUGUGCUACAGGCUCAUGUGUCGCAGGCAUUGGGCACUGAUCAUGCUGCGCCACCGCUUCACCUGGAUCCUACGGGGGGACAAGCAACACUGGCGAGCGUAAUAGCCAGGGCACAAAUGCAAAGCAUGGCUUCGCAACUCGAACCUCUUCUCCUGCCUGCCAACGACACCCAGGGUCCCACCAAUGUCGGGCAUUCACACUCGCGCACUCCUGAAGGUGCGGCCGCCGCCGCAGGUUCAUCAGACUUGUCGCUUGCUGAGGAAGGAGGUGUGCCUCCCAGCAGCAGCCCCUCAGCUCCUCAGUUAUCUCUCUAUGGUCUUUCUGACGAGCAGAAGAAACUUUUGGAGCAGGCAAUUGCCAAUGCUGCGUCGGCAGCGCAAGCGCAAGCUGAGGCGGAAGCCGCACUAGAAGAGGAUGAGGAUUACGAUAAUGACGACGAAUCAGAUUCGCAUGAAGUGGACAGGGUUGAAAGCUUAGACAUUACUCCGUAACCACCAGGACACUAAUAAUUGUUCGUGCAAUGUAGCAGCAAUCAAUAAAUACUUGUCGUAUGCUUUCUGCGCACUCAUUGGACACUCGGGUAUGUAACUGCUAUUUAAAUACUAAGCAACAACCGUGUUUUUGCAAUCACGCUGCGUAUGGGUAG